AUGCAAGAACAGGAAUUGCCUGAAGAUGCUACUGUCCAGCCUGGCCGGGGCCGUGGCCGGGGAAGGGGCCGGGGACGGGGAAGGGGCAAAAGCCAGCAGUGUUCACGAGAUGCCACGAAGGGUUCAGAUCCGGUUGUGCAGAAGAAGGAAUGCAGUGGCACGCAGCAGGAUGAUCCGCAGGUGGGUGCUGCAGAUCCGCAGGAGCAAGCGGAGCUCAAGACUUCCCCUGUGAAGAAGAAGCCUCGCUCCAAGAGCAACAAGGGUUCAGGAAAAGGCAAGCAGGAUCCAGAUCAACCUGAGCAGUCGCAGGAAAGCAGUGCGAACAAGCAUGCAGCAGCGGUUGAUGCAAAUCCAGAGCAGCAGGAGACGGAGCUCAGGACUUCCCCCGUUAAGAAGAAGCCUCGCUCCAAGACCAACAAGGGUUCAGGAAAAGGCAAGCAGGAUCCAGAUCAAGCUGAGCAGUCGCAGGAAAGCAUGCAUGCAGCAGCGGUUGAUGCAAAUCCAGAGCAGCAGGAGACGGAGCUCAGGACUUCCCCUGUUAAGAAGAAGCCUCGCUCCAAGCGCAAUUGCAAGGGUUCAGGAAAAGGCGAGCAGGAGCCAGACGCAGCUGAGCAGAAGGCACGCAAGGAUGAUGCAGUACAGGUUGCUGCGAAUCCACAGCAGCAAGAGACGGAGCUGAGGACUUCCCCCGUGAAGAAGAAGCCUCGUUGCAAGGGCCAGCAGUCGCAGGAGAGGCAGGCAACCCAGGAAGUGUCCGGAGCCAGCGAGGCUCCUGAAGGACCUAUGGCAGCCGAAGAGGGGAAUCCUAGCAAAGGCAAGCGCAGGCCUCGGGUUUCCAAGGGCUCACAGGCUGCACCAGGUGUGGCCACAGAGAAGCCGGCUGAGAAGAAGCUUCGGAAUGCAAAGGAUGAUCAAGGAUUGGCCAGAGCUGGAAGGCUGCCCGACAGAUCCUGGGCAGCAUGGACGAGCGACAAGGGCAUCUUCGGAAACAGGGCCAAGCUGCGAGCCGCUUUGGAGAAUGCUUUGGCCGAGCUAGACAAGGACGACGAGAGGGAAGCCAAAAGAAGGAAGACAGCCAAGACAGUAGAGGUAGUUGACUUGAGCAAGGAAGAACCACAGGCAGUGGUUUGCAGGCAGAGCAGCCAAGACAGCCUAGACAGCAGCCAGACAGCUAGAGGAGUCAAGAGGCAGGCCAGCUUCCACACACCUUCGCCGAAGAAGCGUCUGUUCAGUCCUGACAGCAAGGGUGGAGACAGCCAGAGCCCAGGCAGCCAGAGCCCGGGCAGCCAGAGCCCAGACAGCAACCCUGUGCAAAAGAGAAAGAUAGAACAGCUCAAAAAGACCUUAGGCCAAGGCAGUCCAGUCUACUACAGGCUAGACUACCUUUGGGGCAAGGCAGCAGAGGCAGAGGCUAAGCCCGGCCUUUCGCCAGACACAGCUAGUGACAGACAGAAACAGCAGCAAGCUGAGAACAUGCAAAACCUGCAGCAGAAAGCCAGCCAAGCAGUGGAAAAGCUCGGACUGGAGCCAGCUCUUGGAGUUCUUAAAAAGAGACGGGGAGGCAGACCGCUAGGCAGUAAGCAGAAGACGAAAGCGGUGCCGCAUCUUCGCAAGAAGCGAUGUGAUGUGACAGCCAGAACCAAGCUUUCCAUCAUGGAAGAGUUAGACAGAGCAGCCGUAGAUCACAAAAGCAAAAAUGCAGCCAGGCAGCAUGUCAUGAGAAAGUAUGGUGUGAGCAAGUCUUUUUGCUUCAACCUGCAAAAAGACUAUCACAGACAGAAAGUCACUAACUUUCUCGCCAGCACGGGGCGAGGACACAGUGCCAGACAGACAGGCAGCCAUUUGGGUCUCGUGCACCUCGUCAGCAAGUCAACAGGCAGGAGACUGCCUGACCCAGGCAAAGUGCUGGGUAGGCCAGACUUUCUCCAGCCAGUCUGGUCUGAGACCCGUGCUUGGGCCUUGAAUGAGGAAGCCAGCCAGCACGUCCUGACGAACAUAGACCUGCUGAUGGACUUCGAAGAAAGGCUCGACAAAGCCAUUGCAGUCAGGCAGGCAGAACAGGAAAAGGGUCUUCUUGACCAGACAGGUGAGAAGGAGCUGGCAGCCAUGGUGCAAAAGAAAGCCUCGCUAGCCAACAAGCCAAAGCAGAGGAGCAAGUACCAGGUCCAGCUCCUCGCAAAGUGCGGUCUUCGAAACAGAUCCUGCCAACAGACAGCCAACCUGAGCAAGGAGGAUGAGAAAGCCAGGCUAGACUUGUCCUGGCGACUUUGGGACUUGCUUUUGGAACAGGCAGCCAGUCCCACGCCACAGCCGGACUUGCCUGUAGCAAGCCCAGAGCAGUGGACGAUAAAGCGAGCAGAGACAGCCAUCACCAUGUCAGAUCAAGUACCUGCUUGGCUCAAGCCAACGCCAGGGAAGGCGUUGACAUCGGUGGUGCGCUUGAAGCUAGCCAGCGAGCAAAGCAAGGCAGUGCAGAACUUCUUUGCGCCAGACAGACAGCCAGUGGGUGUCGUUAUGCCCACGAUACUUGUCACAUACGGCAAACACUGCAGACUUGAAAACAUCAGCCAGGAAGGCACGUGGAUCAAGUCCGAAUGCUUCCAGGUAGGCAGCAAGACAGUCAGGAGAAGGGCAGGCCAGCGAGUGCCAGGACAGGUCAUGCGCACUUGGCGCAAACUGCGACAGACACAGCCACACCUGUUUGAUGGCAGUGUCAGGGUGUGGUGCCAGCCAGCCGCAGUGGUAGAUAGCGUGAUUUACAGAUGGCAGCUAGAGCUCGAGUCAGAAGAGCACAGCCAGGCAGUGCAGCUCGUCGAUAUGUUCGGCGGAGCAUGGACGACGGAGUCCAUGCACGCCGCUGCACUCCUGCAGCGAGCUCAGACAGGCAUUGCAGCCGGGUGCACCGGCUUGACCCAGGUGACAGACAUCGGGUUCGCCCAGCCAGCCAAGGCAGCUCUCAAAAGGUGGCAGGAAGACUUGAAGCAGCGCAUGCGAGAGAAAGCCAGACAGCAGAAGGUGCAGUGCACCUAUAAGACAGGCCCGGCAGACAUUCUGGAGGCAGCUAGACAGAUGCACGCCAGGAUGGUGCAGUUGAAUGAGACAGAGAAGACAGUCCUUCGCUGCAUGCGGCAGGGAGGCUGGUUCCACUUCCGUCCAGACAGUGAAGGCAGGCUUCAGGACUGUGGCAGCCAGAAAUGGUGUCUGGACUUCCCUGAAGGCAAUGCCAAGCUAGGCAGCGACCACCUCAGAGACAGGUCUCGUUGGGUGGACAAGACAGGCAAGGUGCUUCCGUGGACAGAGGCAGACAGCAAGACAUUUGAUGAAUCCAAUGCAUUCGAACCCGAGGCUACGUACCUGCUUGGCCAGACAGACAUACACUUGAGCUUCCGAGCGAAGCCCAAUCUCCUUGCUCAGUCAGAAAGAGAGCUCAGAGAGGUCAUUCUGAGACAGGUCCACCCGAACGAGAGGAGACGGCUUUUCCAGGAACAGGUGGACCAGACAACCAGCCAGACAAAGACAGAGAAGCAGCAGAGAAAGGAAAAAAGGAUCAAGAACGCGAAGCAAGACAGAAAAAGGCGCAAACUUUUGAAAGAAUGGAGACAGCAGCAAGCCAGCAAGACAAAGAAGCAGGCUCUGCUGUCUGUCGUGCCCAAAGUGGGCCAAAAAAAGGCCAAGAAGAAGGCAGGCGACAAGAAGCCCAGCCAGGUGAAGAAGCAGCAGAAGAAAGACCAGGCGAAGAAGGCUCAAAGACGGGCAGCCGAGCCAGGCAGCGAGGGACACUUGCAUGGCAAGCAAGCUCGAGUGAUCGGUGACCUGGCUCCGCAGACGCUGCUGGGCAAGAUCGUGGUGUGUGGAAAGCAGACAGACAGCCAAGUCCUGAUCAAUGCUGAUGGACUUCAUGAAUGGGUCAGCCACACAGACAUUACGCUGGACGUCAGAGACAGACAGUUUCCGCUGGUUUUGGAUUUUGAGUCUUUCCCCAGUGCUGCAGCCAGUGAGGAAGCGGCAGCCAGUGCAAAAGAUUUGCGGCUUUACAAGCACGAAGAGCUGCUGACAGACAGCCAGCUCGAAGCUGGCAUCAGGGAGAUGUCAUACCGAUUCUCCCAUGGAGCAGAGCCAGCCAGCCUGUGUGUUUUACGGCCAGCAGAGGCCAAGCAACUUAUCCAGACACAUGCACUCAAGGCAGCAGCAAAGACAGCCAUGGACAGCCAGGCUGGUUUGGUCUUGGCAGUCGUGCAAAGCCAGCCUCCGAGACACUGGUCCUUGCUGGUGGUCGAGACAGUCAGAGACAGCCCCGAAGCGAAGGUCAGGUACUAUGACACGUUGCCCGGUGAGGCAGCCUAUAAGGAAGCCAGUGCAGUUUUGAAGGUGCUGCUGCAGACAGCCAAGAAACAGGCCCAGCCUUUGCCUGCGCCAGUCAGUCUGCUCAGACAGACAGACGGCUUCUCCUGCGGCCUCUGGGUCUUGCUGUAUAUGGAGCAGGAGUGGCGGCGGUGGAUGGGUGAGGCCCCGCAGCCACUUUUGAAAGACCUGCCAGCCAGAAGCAGCCAGCUGAACCGCUGGAUUCAGCUGCUGCUGCGAGGCAAAGAGCUAGCCAGACAGAAAGAGAGUCAGCAGCAAGACAGCCAGACAGCAGGAGACACCAUCGCUUUUGGCUGUGCCCACUGCAGUUUUGCUCUGAGUGGCUGCCUUCGCUGCAACAGAACGCAGUUUUUGAAGUAUAUGAGUAGCCAGGCACACAAACAGGCAGAGGAGGCAGCAAAGGCAUCCAAGGCCAAGGCCACGACCAAGGCCAAAGCAAAGGCGAAGGCUCUUGGAAAGCCAGGCAGCUCAGGAGCCAUAUCGUGCACAACUAUUUAA